AUGUCGCGGUUUCCGUUCUUCAACAGGUCGAACACGAUUCACUCGGAGCCCUCGCGGAAACCCUACAUUCCUCAGAGCCAGCAGAAUCUGGACCGGUCCGGUUCUCUGAACCGAUCCUACGGAUCCGUGGAGUCGGCGAAAACCUCAAUCCGCGGGAAAAUGGUGAAGAAGCUAUGCACCCUGUUCGAGUCCUCCUCGAAGAAGAUCCCAGAAUCGGAAUCGAAAGCGCGUUGGGAGUCGUGCACGACGACGACGCCGUUUCGAUUGUCCGGGACGGAGGAGCGGAUCGUGGUGUAUUUAACGAGCCUGCGCGGGGUUCGGCGAACGUUCGAGGACUGCAACGCGGUGCGCAUGAUCCUGAAGGGGUUUAGGGUUUGGGUGGACGAGAGGGACGUGUCCAUGGACAUUGCUUACAAGGAGGAGCUGCAACGCGUGCUGGGCGAGCGUCACGUGGCGCUGCCUCAGGUGUUCGUGCGAGGGAAGUACGUGGGUGGCGCCGAGGUGAUCAAGCACUUGUUCGAGACUGGGGAACUGGCCAAGAUCAUUCUUGAAGGGUUCCCCAAGCUCAGACCCGGGUUCGUGUGCGAGAAUUGUGGCGACGCUAGGUUUGUGCCGUGCGAGAAUUGCAGUGGGAGUCGAAAGUUGUUUGAUGAGGACGAAGGGUGCUUGAAGAGGUGUUUGGAGUGCAAUGAGAAUGGACUCCUUAGGUGCCCUUAUUGCUGUUCUUGA